UUUUGGAAGAGACGGUUGGAUCAUGUUUUUAAGAGCACAGAAUAGGGAAGGACAAUAUGGUCAAAAAUAAGAAAUAAAUAACAUCAAAUAAUUAACAAAAGGCUACCGUUUCCAAAUGAAAAAAUAAAUGUAUUCCCCAGAGAAUUUGCAUAUGAACGCAGAGCAGAGUAACUCUGGACGAGGCAUGCUGAUACUCUAUGGGGAACAGCUUUGGCAGACAACUAGGAGGCAGGACCGAAGGGUGAAGCAGGUCUGGAUGGCGACCAAGAGAUGAGACAGGCUGAGUUUCUGGAGUGCUGGGCAGCUGGGAAGACUUCCUGGACAUGCUGGAUGCUAGCUGGCUGGGAAUCAGGGGUGCUCAGAAAAUCCUCAGCCCACUCAGUUCUUCAUUGCUUUCCUCUGGCCCGGCUCUGCUCUGCGGUGGGGAGAUGGAGGACAAUGUGGCCAAGAAGAGCAUUAUCGGCUGGCUGCCAGAAGAUGGCGCCAUCAACACUAAAGGUCUGAGCAGCAAGGUGGAUAUGGGUGCCCUGUUCCAUGUGCCUACAUCUUUCUGGCAGAAGGAGACGAAGGAGCUGAGAGCCUACUUCACUCAGCAAGUUGAAGCUGAUCUGCCGGCUCAGGUGGAGGCUGAGCUGAAGGCUCUGGAGGACAGAGUGCACAAUUAAAACCCUACUGACAGGAAGUUCCUCCAGGAACAGGGAGGAACUUCCUGUCAGUAGGGUUUUAACCACUUCACACUAAUGCUGCAACACUGAGGGACUGGUGCUGGGUUGGUGGUAGGAGGGAGGUUUGACUCUCAACAUGAAGGUUAGAUUUCUGUGAAGUUGUCAAACGUGUCAUGUAGAUACUGUCACUACCUCCAUUCACUCACAAGAGCUAGCAUGGUACUAAAGCACAAUCAACAUGGCCCAGUAGUGCCUCUGAGAUAUUUAACAGUACAGUGUCUAGGAUGCUGUGUUUACAAGCUGAAGCCCAAAGAUCUUUUUUGGGCAAAAUUCUGACAAAGAGUAGAUCAAGUUUGAACGUUUUUACUCAUAGAAAGGUUUUAAGUGAAUUUUAGCAGCUCUUUUAAUACAUUAUUGACUGAGUCUGAAGAAAUGCCCUUCAUGUUAAACUGAACUUGAUAUUAGAAAAUAGAUUAAUCAGAUGUACAAUAAAUACUCAAAACAUUGUAGCAGAUUUCCAGUGGACCCGAGAAUUACUAUGCUAGUUCAUCUCGUCACUUUCGUUAUGUUUGUGAUUAAAUUGUAUGAUUUCAGGUGAUGUUUACACACAAUAUGUGAAAUGUUGGACCAAUAAAUGCGAGUGAGAUUAUUAGGUAUUUUUAGAAGUUGUAUGCCAACGUUUUUAUUACAGUGCAAUGAAUAAAUAUCUUCAAAUGCAGAAA